AUUACAACAUAUUUGUUUAACACGCUUAAAACAACAAAUCAUACAACAACAGAAGAUCCCAUGGAAAACUAUGCUGGAGACAAUAGCUUUAGCGAUAUACUUGCUAAUACAGGAAUGAGUCCCGACCUAACGUUCAUCGACGUUUUACAUGGCAACCUUGAUGAUGUGGGAAACUCUUCCACAGCCAGUUUUGAUGACAAUCUUGAUGAUGCGGGAAACUCUUUCACAGCCAGUUUUGAUGACCCUUCAUCCGACGUGGGUCCCAACGGGGAAUACCGGCAAGGCUAUAGAUGGUGCUGCGGCAAAUUGAGAAAGGACGAUGGCAACUUCAAAAAACACCUGAAUACACACAAUAAAGAUCUACCAUGCGAAGCAGACUCGCCAUAUUGCUCUGAUCUUCUAUUUGCAGAUAACAAGGCGCGAAAUAGGCACUACUUGACAGCUCACAAGAAGUAUGCGAAAGAGAAAGGCAUCGAAGAUACGAGCUGUUCCUGCAAGGACUGUAAUAAGUCGUUUAGUAGGCAAGAUAACUUCCGCAGGCACGUCAACAAGCACCAUUCCCAAAAGUUCAUAGGAGAGGGAGGGAAGCCGUACUACGUGCUUUACGACAAAUACGAGGAAGUCAAAGGCGAGGAUGGGUAUGCAUGGGUGUGUCGCCUCAAGAGCUCGGGAGUACGGAAUGAAUAAAAAAGAGCACCGAUUAUAUUAUCUUGUAUUCCUCAUUUUGAGUUUGAUCUUGACUGCAGAUAGCUUGAAUCGAAAGAGUUGAAACCCUGG